AUGGGCCAGCAAGGAAUAGGAGAAUGUAACAACAACGGAGAGAGACUAUGCACUUUCUGCCAAGAAAACGACCUAGUAAUUGGUGGAACUAUAUUCAUGCACAAAGACAUCCAUAAGACAACAUGGAACUCACCAGAUGGUCAUACAAAGAACCAAAUUGACCAUAUUAUCAUCAACAAGAGAUGGAGAAGUAGUCUUCUCGAUGUGGUUGCAAAACAAGGGGCUGAUGUGGGAAGUGACCACUCUUUAGUACUGGCAAAAAUCAAGUUAAAACUGAGGAAAUCAAGGAAAAAAGAUCAAAGACCACCUCCAAUCAACAUCCAAAAACUCAAAGAUACAAAAACCCUGAGAUCUUUUCAAUUAAAAUUCCAAAACAAGUUUUCAACACUCAUGGAACAUCCUGAUGAAAUCGAUAUGGAAACUUUUAACAAAGUAUUGAUAGAAAAUAGUCAACAAAUACUUGGCCCAAAGAGAAAGAAAAAAGAAAAAUGGAUUUCAGAUAAAACAUGGAAAAUAGUAGAAAAACAAAAAGAGAAGAAAAGUAAAAUUUUAUCCACAAAAUCCAAGAGGCAAAAGGACCAAUUCCAGGCAGAAUAUCGGGCUAUUGACAGGGAAGUAAAGAGGAGUGCAAGAGCUGACAGAAAGGCAUACACUGAAAAGCUAGCCUAUGAGGCAGAACAAGCAGCUUCUAAACAAGACAUUCAGACCUUCUAUCGAAUUACAAAAACAUUAGCAGCAAAUUUCAGUCAUCAGAGCUACCAAUUAAAGACAAACAGGGAAAUGUACUAUCAAAAGAAGAAGACAUACUGA